AUGGCGCGCCUGCAGGCGCUGCUCGAUGCGGACCCUUCAGACUCGCUCCCAGCGCGACUCACCGCAGCCGGCAGCGCGCACACGAUCGACGCGGCGACCCUGCGCCGGGCUGGGCUGUACAGAGUGGUCAAGGCGGCACUCGCCGCGGUCGAGGCCACCGGCCCCGCCCCGGGGCGCCCGCCGCCGCCGGGUGUGCUGCGGGGCGGUCGCGAGGCGGCGGCGGCGCUGGUGGCCCUCGCGCCGCGGUGGCCGCGCUACCUGCUGCUGCAGGCGGAGGUGGAGGUGGCGGCUGGCGACUGGGGCGCCGCCAUGCGUAUUUUUCGCGCCGCGGGGGACGCCGCGAAGCAGCAGAACGCGCACUACUGGGCAGGCCAGGCUGCGGUCAACCAGGCCUCCGCGCUGAUCACGGGCAUGUGCGGCGCGCGCACAUACCCCCGCGCUCGCGUCGAGGCGCUGCUUGCUGAGGCGGAGGCGGAGUACCGCCUGAGCAAGCCGUGGUCGGCGGCCUGCUACGCCGCGACUCAGGACGAGGUCAGGCAGUGGCGCAGCGCCGUGCAUGCCGCGGCGCGCGCCGCGCCGCGCGGUGCGGCGGAGCUGCCCGCGGCGCGCGGCGCGGGGGUGUGGGGCUUGCCGGAGGGCAGCAGCGGCGGGAUCUGCGACGGCUGCGGGCGGCUGGCGGUGGAGCUGAAGAGGUGCUCGCGCUGCCAAGCCGUCUCCUACUGCGGCCGCGAGUGUCAGGCGCAAGACUGGAAGCAGGGCGGACACAAGCAGGCGUGCAAGCCGCCGUCGUAG